AUGAUUGCAAAUAAGCAAUUACUGUCUUCGAGACAAAAACCGAAUGUUCCCACAGCCUCAACGACUCCAAAUUCUUAUAAUAAAUCUUCAAAUUUUGAUGAUCAAUUUUCAUCAUAUUUAUCAAUUAAAUAUUUACAUAGUAUUGCAAUAAUUUCAAUAUUCAUAACCAUUUUAAGGUUUAUUUAUGAUUUUGUUACCAACUUCAUUCCAUUAUAUUCAUCAAAUAUUAUUCCAAAAGAUUUUAUCAAAACUUCUAAAAAUUCAAAACAGCAACAAAAGAAACAAGUAAAACACCAGAAUUUAUUCCCAAAUAUUAAUGUUAAAAAUGAUUCAAAAUCACCAAAAGAAGAAAAAUCAGAAGAUUCAUUAGUUCCUACUACUUGUUCAAUGGGUUUAACAACAAAAUUAUUACCAAUAAGAAAUUCAAAAGGUGAUUUAGAAUGGGUAUUUACAGAAGAUGAUGCAUCAAUAUCAAAUGGAAAUAAUGAAUUAGAUGCUUUUAGUAUUCCUCAAAAUAAUUCAGCCUAUCAACAACAACAGGAACCUCAAAAUCAAACAAAAUUAGAAUAUCAACAACAUAGUAAUUAUACUAUCAAUGAAUUAUCACCAACUAUGUCAAAUUCAUCAAAUGAAACUUCAUUAUCUUCAAAAUUGGAAUCUAAUGCAAGUAGUCAAAAAGAAUUGUCAAUUUCACCAAAUAGUGGAUCAUCUCCAUUUGAAGGAGAAGAAGCUGAAGAUGUAGAAAAUUCUCAAGAAGAUGAAGAAGAAGAUGAAAAUAAAACUUAUCAAUGUCCUCAUUGUGAUGCGAAUUUUAAAAUUAGAGGUUAUUUAACAAGACAUUUAAAAAAACAUUCAACAAAUAAAGCAUAUUCUUGUCCAUUUUAUGAACAAAGUAUUCAAGUUGAUACAAAUAAUAUAACUCAUAAAUGUCAUCCAAAUGGUGGAUUUUCAAGAAGAGAUACUUAUAAAACUCAUUUAAAAUCAAGACAUUUUAAAUACCCCAAGGGAACAAAAACUAAAGAAAGAAAUAAUAGUUCUGGUACAUGUGGAUUAUGUGGAGAAUUUUUUAAAAGUUCAGAGAUUUGGUGUGAAAUUCAUGUUGAAGGAGGUGAAUGUAAAUUUUUACCAACUGAUUACAAGGGGAAAUCAAGAAUUAAAAAUAGAUUAAGAAAAAAAUUACAAAAAAAUGAAAUUAUAACAGAUCCUGAAUUAUUACCUUAUGCUUCAAAAGUUUAUGAAGAAGUUAAACAACAGAAAAAAUUAAAAAAAUUAGCUAAACAAGAACAGAAAUUGAGACAAUUACAAAAUCAACCUCAUUAUCAACAAUUAGCUAUGAAUAAUUUUAACAAAAUCAAUGGUAUUAAUCAACAACCACCCCAACAACAACAGCAAUCUCCAGGCAGUCAACCUAAACCAAUACAAUAUUCAAAUCAAACACAUUCUUCACCUCAUCAAGUUGAUACUCCUACAUCAUUAACUUCUUCAAAUUAUGAAUCUUCAUCAAUACAUUCACCAUAUACUCCACAAUCAAGUAAAUCACCAUUAUAUUUAAUGACAAAUCAAUCUAUAAAACAACAAAUACCAACACAACAACAACCAACUCCACAAUAUACUACAAGUAAUAAUAAUAAUUCAAAUAAUUCAUUAUCAACACCAGCUACUAAUUAUCAAUUUGAUCAAAUUAGUACAGCACAUGAUCAAACUCAAUCAACAGCCAAAGAAGAUUAUGAUGAUGAUUAUUGUUUAGAUAUUGAUCAAUUAAAUUCAAAUCUUUUAUUAACUGGUUCUCAAAAAAAUUUAAAAUUAGAAGUUAUUCAAGCUUUAAAAUUACAACAACAACAACAACAAUAUUAUCAUAAUCUUCAACAACAACAACAAUAUUAUCAUAAUCUUCAACAACAACAACAACAACAACAACAACAACAGCAAUCUCAACCACAAUACCAACAACAUCAAGUUCAAGGAGUAUAUCAAGAUCAACAAUAUUAUCAAAAAGAAAUUUAUACAGGUAUUGAACAACCAUUACAACAACAACCCUCACAACAACAAUUUCUACCAAGACAACCAAUACAAGUACAAAUAAAUGAACCACCUAUUCAUCAUCACCAUAUCAAUCAACAAUCUUAUCAUCCUUAUCAACCUCAACAAGUUUUUCAAUCAACAAAUUAG